AAUCGAUGUAUUGGGAUAGAUGCCUACUCUCGCUCUUCAUUUAAGCAAAGCAUCUAUUCUCUCACCCGAAACUUGCUAUUUAGAACCCUUGCAGCGAGGCUUGCGAUGUGGUUUGCUUGCAUGUCUCCACCAAUUCAAAGAUGAGGCCGACUAGAAAUCGCGAGGAACAUGGCAGCGAAAGUCUGGUGAACAGCCAAAGUGCACUCAAGAGUCUGGCGUCUGUGGAGCAACUGUGGGACGAAUGGGAGAUCCACUGCCUGGUCCUCCUAAGCUUGGCCUUGCAAGUCUUCCUCUUCCUCGCAGCGGGCAUCCGGAGACGCAGCGCGUCGCGCGUACUCCACUCGCUCCUAUGGCUUGCCUACGUGUCGGCCGACCUUGUGGCCGUCUUCGUGCUCGGCCAUCUAGCGGUGUCCGGCUGCACGAGCAGGCCGCGGCACGAGCUGAUGCCGUUCUGGGCUCCGUUCGUGCUGGUCCACCUGGGCGGGCAGAGCAGCAUCACGGCCUUCUCCAUGCAGGACAACGAGCUGUGGGGGCGCGACUAAAAAGCCUCUCAGCCACCUCCGCCAGCGGUUUCUGCUCGACUACGCAUGCUCGUGCAGUCCUGACGCUGAAGACCAUGGGUGUAUGCUCAACAAUGUCCGGUGUCUUGUCACCCUGACACUAGUAGCGCUCCUCGUACCCGUCCUGUAUUUCUCAACCUUGCCCACUCCGAUCGCUCUGGCGCUCUUCGUGGCCACCGACAAGGGCGGCGGGCUGCGAGCCUACAGCAGAGCUGAUGUCGUGGUGUCCUACAUCCUGCUGGCAGGAGCCGUCGCCCUGGAUGUGUCGUCUGCCUUCAUCUCGUUUUCUGACUGUAUGAGAGAAACCACGGAUGGUGAUGUAAAUUUGCAUUUGGCUAGCAGGGCCGAGUGGUCCGAGAAGCUAGCUCAGUAUAACAUGUUCGGGCAACAUGUUGCCGCGGAAGACGAUGCUUCUGCUGCUCAAGGAACGGCGGGGUCCGUGCUACGAAGAUGGAUAGAGAAGCCCCUCAAAGCCUGUGGUGUCCAGGCACUCGAUGUGACGCGCAUCGCCCUCCCCGGGGAUCUCAAGGAGUUGGUUCUAGACAAGCUGUUAGACUUGGGAGCAGGCGGGCAACAAGAUUGGAACUUUGCCAGCACCGGUGGUCUGCUGGCCCUCCAGAAGUGGGCGGGCAACCAUAGAGACUCGGCCUCUGCUCGUCCAGGGACGGCGGCGCUACACCGGAGCAUCGACGCCGCCAUGGAUUUCCAGACGAGCGUGCUCAUCUGGCACAUGGCAACAGAUAUCUGCUACUAUGAAGGAUGCACCCAGUCCAGCAGCAAUCCUGAUAUGAAGGGGAAGAAGAGGAUGUGCAGAGAGGUGUCGAAUUAUAUCAUGUACCUCGUCUUCAAGUGCGGGGUGAUGCUCAAGACCAAUUCACAGCUCUUACAUCGCAAAGCUCACGGCGAACUGGAGGAAGCAAAAAAGGUCCGUAACCUAUCAGGUGUGGCCCAUGAGGAGAACCCUGCCCGGAUGGUAUUCCAGGUCUGGAAACAGACAGGCAGUGGAAUGGACCCGUUGCUCGCCUUUAAUCAUCUUAUGGAUGAACUUGGGGGAAGAGUGGUAAUGGAGAACGAGGAACUCCUCAAAGCAGGGAAAAAUGUCCAUGGCGGUGGACCAGCCGAAGCGGUGGCUCUUCCCCAGGGCAGCAGCGGCGAACAACCGACAGCUCAUAUGCAACUUCUGCAUAGCACAUACGAGGAUCUGGAUUCUGCAGUGACCAAUCGCGCGUGUGAGGUAGCCCAAGAGCUCAUCGCUAUCCAGGAAGAUGAAUGCUGGGAGCUCAUCACCGCUGUGUGGCUGGAGAUGCUUUUCUUCGUCGCGCCUCGCUGCGGUGGUGCUUUCCACAGCCAGCAUCUCAGCACUGGCGGUGAAUUCAUCACCCAUGUCCUGCUGCUAAUGUACUUUCUAGGCCCUUUUCUACCAUCCCGUAGUGAAUAGCUACAUCUGGGUACUGUCAGUAUUGUAUACAUAUCAUUAUUAUUAGGGUAAAGUCUGUUUUUCAACCCUGAA